GUCUAAUGUGCUAACUAAUGAUACAGGACGGCCUGCCGUCUGCAGUUGUAACGAAACGAGCGUGUGAUCAGUGAGGAUGGGCAUUCUAGACUUUGUUACCAGACCGAUUUCUUCCGCAGAUAUGGACUACUGGGUUAAUUUAGCUGGAUAGAAAGCGACUAUCAGAAACAGGUGUUUGAUAUUUAAUCCCCGUGAUCAAUUGGUCCACAAUGGGUAUUGGGUUGGAAUGCACACUUGCAUAGAACGUUCCCUUUCUGGAUCACGUUAUUCGUUGCUGCUUUAAGCGCGGGGUAAAACAACCAUUCUUUAUGAUACAUUCAAUGCCAUCCCUGCAUAAACCCCCUUCACACCUUUGGCCCACUUAGACUUUGUCAAACACCGCUCGGUAGAGAUGGCUUGCGUACUUGAACCAGGAAUCGACCAGUCUACGGCUGAUCUGAUCGUUCAGCUGCAGCUCGAAGAUGCCGGUUUUUAUUUUGAAUCUUCCAAAGGUAAAUCUCGAGAGCCCACUGAUGAGGAGCUGGCUUUUCAGUUACAGAAUGAAGAGUUGGAAGGUGUCUCCCAGUUUCUCUUGGAUAGGCGGAUGGCGAUGAGCUUUGCUGCCGCGGUCCAAGCUGAUGGAAAUCUUUUGGAUGAUAGUGUCUUGGAGGAAGAAAAUGCUGCUAAAGAUCGGGAUCUUGCCCGUCGUUGGACAGAUGAUGGAUGUGCUCUGGCUCCGGGAGAUCACCAGGCAAAUGCAGAAUCGACGGCCCUAGACGAUGAGACUCUGGAUAAACUCCAGAUCUUGUACAUGUCUGGUCGAGAAGACUCCAAGGACGUUCGCGGUGUAGGAAUAACAAGGGAAGAGACUGGACAAGCUGAAUCGUCUGCUUGGGCAGCACAACGUGGCCGCCAGUCAAUCCCACUACAUCGCUGUGUAGCGUGCCGAGACGAAGUGGAAUUUGUCAACAUCGCACGUGUACCAUGUCGUCACGAGUAUUGUCGUUCCUGCUUAGAAGAUCUGUUCAACGCCUCAAUGAUGGACGAGUCUCUAUUCCCCCCGCGCUGCUGCAGACAGCCCAUCAACGUAAACAUUGCACGCAUAUUCCUCAAAGCUGACCUCAUACAACGGUAUGAGAAGAAGAAAAUCGAGUUCGAGACUCCGAACAGAACAUACUGCUACGCUCAUGAGUGCUCGACUUUCAUCAACGCAUCGCAUAUCGAGGAUGACGUAGCCACAUGUCCCAAUUGUAGUCGAACGACCUGUACGAGCUGCAAAGGACGCGCACAUCUAGGGGAUUGCCCAAAUGAUAGAGUUACACAGCACCUUUUAGCUCUCGCGCAAGAAAAUGGGUGGCAACGUUGCUACUCUUGUUGGCGAUUGGUGGAACUGGUUCAUGGUUGCAAUCACAUGACCUGUCGUUGUGGUGCCCAAUUUUGCUAUAAUUGUGGAGAGCGUUGGAAAAGCUGCAAUUGUGAGCAGUGGGAUGAGCAUCGUCUUCUUGCUCGUGCAUAUCAAAUCAUCGAUCGAGAAGCAAACCGUCCGUUAGCCGACGCCGCUCCGGAAAUCGCUGAGCCUGAACCAGAUAUCGCUGUAGUUGAAGUGGGAGGGAUGCAGGUGCUAGAUUCUGGACAUCUACCAGAAACGUAUGAGCUAGAAGAGGAAGAGCCUCGAGCAGCAGCAGCAGCAGCAGCAGCAGCAGUAGAAGCUCCCGUAUUCAUUGAGGAAAGACCCGUACCCCGUGCACAGACGGAAAGAGAUAUUCUGGUUGCACAGACAAUCCAGGAGCUCCGAGAAAACCACGAAUGCACGCAUGACAGAUGGAAAUAUGUUCGUGGUCCUCACAGAUGUGAGGAAUGCUAUUAUCGUCUCCCGGAGUAUAUCUUUGAAUGUCGGCAAUGCAGGCUCCAGGCUUGCAAUCGGUGCAGGAGGAAUAGGCUCUAAUGGUAAAUACAGUAUCAACAUUUCAGGGCUACGCCAUUGUUCUAUUGUUCGCAACAAGACAACUGAACUUAUUUCCUUACUGCCUGGGACGGUGACUCAUUAUAGCUUCUAAAACCAUCAAGGUCCACCGUGUUCUGGCAUUUUCUAGCGGGUUCUUUUCUUCUAUUUUCCUUUCAGCGUUGAGAUAUUUAAUAUAAUAGGAGGGGAGGGUGUGAUACAUUGCUAGAAUGCUAAAUUGCGAGGACAUACGGCAAGUUGG